AUGGGCCUGAGCUCUUCCAGGGCACAGCCCAGGGUGACCAAGGUGGCACCGCUGGACACACGCCCGCCUCCUGUCGUGCCAGGAGAGCCCAGGGCGCCCUGGGGAGACCCCCCCUCUGCCCAGCAGCUCCCACCGCUCCGCCAGACCUGGUAUGGGAGAGCCUCUGCAGGGCCCCUUUCUUUCAACACUGUGCCAGAAAAGGGAGAAACCAGCAUCAUUAAACAGCACCCACCUCGACCACCCCAGAGGCUUGAACCUGCCAGCCCAAGCUGCAAUCUGCACACAAUCACCCCUGCAAAGCCCUGGUGUCAGCAAGACGUGGCUGUAACCCCAAAACCAAAGGCUCUGGAGAAGAGGGGGCAAAGCCUGAGACACCUCCCUCACAGGCGGCAGCACUUGCACAAGCUGCAGAUGCUGGACUUGACCUGCAGGCGCCAAGAGGCAGAGCUGAAGAGAAAUCUCCACAGGGAGGCAAAAAUCAAUAAACAAAAAAACAAGGAAUCCAGCCCAAAGAAAGUCCUUGACACUCUCCAGAGAGGCAACAGAGCUGAAAGCCACGACCUUGUUCCUGCAAAUCGGCAUUUUCAUGGAGACUAUCAUGGAAACACAAGGGGUGGAGGACUCUCCAGGCAGCAGGGUGGAGCUGAGCUCUCUCCAAGCAGGAAGGGGAAGGUUGACUUGUGGUUCUGCAGGGAGCCGCAGACGAGGGAUCUGUUCUGGGACACCUCCAGCACGGGCUCUGAGGAGUGGGAAAGGGAAGAGAAGAUUCAGCGCAAACCUACGCUUGUGAGAACCAAGACAGAGAGAGUUUCUCUCUUUGAUGACUUCUUUGACAGGGAUAUCUAG